GGGCCAAUCAGUUCGUAUUUUGCGAGCGAUCUCAGAGGUCGUGUCGCAAUCACAUAAUACCUUCAUCAUGCCAGUCAGGAUAAAUCUACCUCCAGCAACACGCGCAUUACUGAUCAGUCAGUUGGCGCUUUCCUUCCUGUAUAACGUCGCAAGAUGGAGACAACUCGAUGAGGGCCCUCCAACAAGAGGAGCGCAAGGCACUCCGAUCGUUCCUUAUCUCACGCUCGUCCCCUCGAUGUUUUACUACUACCCAUGGACGAUCCUCACGGCGACUUUUGUCGAGCAGAAUAUCUUUACAGUUUUGAUUAAUGGAGCAACGGUUUUCUACGGCGGGAAAUACCUCGAACGAGCAUGGGGUUCUAAGGAGUUUGGGAAAUUCAUUUUGGUUGCAGCACUCAUCCCAAAUACUCUGAUGAUUGUGAUUUAUAUUUUCUGGGGUACUGUCACUGGUAGCAGUGUUCGAGGUCUUACGCAGAUUUGCGGCGGCGUUGCACUGCAGGCAUCCUUCCUCGUUGCAUUUAAACAACUUGUUCCUGAACAUACCGUUACGAUCUUGAAGGGAAUCGUCAAGAUGCGGGUCAAGCAUUUCCCUGCUAUUUUCCUACUUCUCAAUUCUAUCAGCGGUAUCAUUUUUGGUACCGACACAGCUGCCAUACUCGCUUGGCUUGGCCUUUUGACUAGCUGGACAUAUCUUCGCUUUUUCAAAUACCAGCCCGAUCUUACGGGCACUUCUACCAACGGGCUGGGAUUCAAGGGAGAUGCAAGCGAGACAUUUACAUUUGCAACCUUUUUCCCCGAUGCUAUUCAACCUCCAAUUGCUUUCGUUACCGAUCAAAUAUAUGCGUUCCUCGUUGCCGUCAAAGUCAUCACCCCGUUCUCCGCUGAAGAUAUUGCUUCCAGUACCGAAAAUGCAGUGGCUCGUGGCCAAGCUGGCCUUCCUAGUCUGUUGAGCAACGCCGGCGGUAGUGCGCGAGGCGCAGGUAAGCGAGAGGAAGCUGAGCGUCGACGAGCACUUGCACUCAGAGCUCUUGAUCAGAGACUGCAGGCUGCUACCGCUAGCAAGCCUCCCGCAUUGUCUAGUCAACCUGCUCCCGCUCCUUCAAGUACAACUGCACCUACUGUGUCCUCCGGGCAGAAUAUGCUUGGUGAGACUACAUACACUCCGGAUCACUCGUGAGAUACAAUAUUGUUUUAUGUCACUGGCGCUCUUUGAGAAGUCAGAAUGGAUCCUUGAUGUCUAUAUAGAUUUCAGUACAUGUUAAUUUGAUGAGAUAAUGCCUAUAAUAUAGUUGGUGGACUGGCUAGCGCAGGUACACCUCAUUG